AUGGCAAGCUCAUAUCCCACAAGACGAUUUGCGCCUUUGAGCAAAGGCAAAGGUCAUGACGCCAUCGACGGCAACAUGGUGCUGGAAGGCAUUGUUUUCGAUGUUGAUGGAACCCUUUGUGAACCGCAAAAUUACAUGUUCACCGAGAUGAGGAACAAAUUGGGAAUCACAAAAGGAGAGGACAUCCUGGACCACGUAUACAGCCUGUCCGGAGAUGAACAGAAAAAGGCUCACCAGAUUAUCGAAGAUGUCGAGCGAGAGGCCAUGGCGAAACAAGUCCCGCAAGCUGGACUCGUCACGUUGAUGGAACAUCUGGAUACCAAUGGCAUCCUGAAAGGAAUCUGUACAAGAAACUUCAACACGCCCGUGGAACACCUGUUAAGCAACCAUUUGCCAGGCCACAUCAACGCAUUCGCACCUAUUGUCACAAGAGACUUUCGCCCUGCUAAGCCAUCACCCGCCGGAAUUCUGCAUAUCGCGAAGCAAUGGGGCAUCAUCAGCGAGUCAGAUGUGUCCGAAGAGGGCCGACCUACUGCGAAGAGACCAAUCCCUCUAAUCAUGGUUGGCGAUAGUAUCGACGAUAUCGUCGCCGGUCAUGACGCUGGUGCUGCUACUGUAUUACUCAGAAGCGAAGGCAAAGAAGACCUUGAGAAGGAUCCCAGAACUGACAUAGUCAUCAGUCGCUUGGACGAACUAAUCGAUAUUCUGGAGAACGGCUUCGAGAGCAGACAGCGGUGA